CAGGUAAGCGCAUUUGCACUGGGGAGGGUUCUCGCUCGCAGGAGCAGGCCCAAGCUUCUGCCCCUGCUAACCAAAGCACCGCUUCUCUUCCUACUUCAUCUGCUGCUCUUGCUGCUUAUUUGGAGGAGCAACUGAGGUUGCCUGAGUCUUCUGUUCCUGCUUUUGUGAAUAUUAGGAACGGGGAAUUUCUGGAGAAGGAGGCCAUUGAUGUUCGCCCUGUGGUGAACCCUGAGUUGGCUGCCUGUUUCUCCCCUGCGCCGAUUAGCGAUGACAUCUUCGUUCCUCACUGGGAUGUUAGAGCUAACGAGUCUUUGUAUGCCAGCUUCCCAGAGAAAGGCGGAACGUUGGCAUACCGGAUGUUGAAGGGGUUAACACUGCCAGCUGACCGCCCUCUUGAGCGUGUUUACACCCCUGGGGCUAACGCCUGCCAAAAGGUGUUAGAGGCUGGGGUUGCUGUGAAGGAGCUCUGUGACUUCUUUUUCUUCUAUCAGAGGAAGCAUGAUGAACAUCUUGCUCUUCUUGAAGAAAAGGACAGGCAGAUCCGAGACCUGACCCUGGAAAACGAAAGAGCAUCCUCCUCCCUCACUAUUGCCAAUGCCAAUGUUCAAACGAUAUCCGUCGAAAGAGACAACUUGGCUAGUGAGGUUGUAGCUCUGCGCCUAACUGGGGAGAAUUUAGCUAAAGCUCAGACGGAGGUGGAGGCGGAGAGGAAACGUACUGAGGAUUUGGCGGAGCAGCUAAGCUUUGUUGAGCAGAGGCAUGCUGAUGAGCUGGCAGAACUUCGCCUUUCUGUGCAGAAGGAGGUGGCUGCUGCUGUGCGAGAAUUUUGUCGCUCUGACGCUCAGUAUGCCCUUCUAACGCAGAGGUAUGAUGGCGGGUAG